UAAUAUGAUCAAUGAUGGCCGAAUGGCGGAUUGUCAUUUUGUUGUAUUGAGUAAGCUUGCCGCCUGUGUGAUUAGUUCGCGCCUAUUGAAUUAGUUUAAGUAUUUUUUGUACAGAAACAUUAAUAUGGGUGCUUAUUUAUCGGAACCAAUAACCGAAAAGAUAUCCAAUGAUGAAAAUAACGAGAAGAUUGAGUGCGGCGCAAGUUCCAUGCAAGGGUGGCGUGUCAACCAAGAGGAUGCUCAUAACACAAUUUUGGACUUUGAUGUGAACACAUCUCUAUUUGCGGUUUUUGAUGGUCAUGGAGGAGCUGAGGUUGCUAUGUACUGUUCACAAAACUUACCAAAUUAUAUCAAAAAUACAGAAGCUUACAAAAGUGGUGAUUUAGUAAAAGCAUUAACAGAUGCUUUCCUUGGUUUUGAUGCUGCUAUAGCUACUGAAGAGGUGAUGGAAAUUUUAAAAGAAUUAGCAGGUGAAAUAAACCCAGCUGGACCUAGUGAUAAUGAAGAAUCUGAAGAUGAAAGCAUAAGCACACUCCAUAAAGAUGCUAAUCUACCCUUACAGGAGGUGCUGGCCAGUUAUGAAAAUAAAUUAAGUGUAGUUCAUAGGGCACGACUUGGAGAUAAAACUACACCUUUAUCCCCAUGCUUAAGGGCAAAGAAAAAUAUCAAUGAACCAGGCAGCUUGGGUGCUGGAGCUUCCAGCUCUGGUAUGGGAGUUAAUAGUUUACCAGGCUCCAGCACAGAGCAGCCGGUGAAUGAAGCUUCCUCUAGCAGUAAUGGUACAGAAAAUAGUACAUUAAACACAGUGGAUGAUACAGGUGGAGUGUCAUCCACUAACACCAAUGGAGAUGACAAAGAUAGAAAUGGAGAGGUAUCAACAAGUGAACCAGAAAAGAAAUCAAAUAUUGCGAUGGAUGUUGACAAGACACAACCAGACAGCUCUGCAGAUAAUUGUGGCAAACCAGAGCAGAGUGAACCACAACCAAAACAAAAUAGCACCACAACAGCUGAGGGUUGCAAUGGAGAAGUAACUGAUUCCAAACAAGUUGUAGGUGAAGAAAAUAAUAUCACAUCAUCUAAUGGGUCAGCAGCACUAGGAAAAACCAAAGAUAAAUCACCAGUGUCAAGUACAGAUAAGAUAGUCCCAGAAACUCCUAAGAAGAAAAUGGUGAGACGUGCAGCUGCUGCUGUCUAUGAAACAUUAUUGAGGAAAGCUGAAGAGGAGGACGAGGAAAGUGAUUCAAAUGAUGAGACAUUUGAAGGUGGUGAAUUAGAUUCAUCUGAAGAUGAGAAUUUAAAUGGUGUUGAGGAUUCUUCUAAUGAUGGAGAUGAGGGAGAAGAAGAUGAGGUAGAAGAAGAGGAAGCUGAUUCCAGUGAUGAUGAAUGGGAUCAAAGCGCCUCAAUGACUGAAGAGCCUGGAAAUGAUAGUGGCUGCACUGCAGUUGUGGCAUUGUUGAGAGGAAAUGAGUUGUAUGUGGCAAAUGCAGGUGAUUCCCGUUGCAUAAUAUGUAGGGAAGGCAAAGCUAUUGACAUGUCCAUUGACCAUAAACCAGAAGACACACCAGAGCUGGAGAGAAUCACAAAAGCUGGUGGGAAGGUAUCUGGUGAUGGCCGAAUAAAUGGUGGUCUUAACCUAUCUAGAGCUAUCGGGGAUCAUUCAUACAAACAAAAUAAAGAAUUGGGUCCAACAGAACAGAUGAUCACAGCUUUACCUGAUGUUAAAACUCUCACAAUAGAAAAAGAAAAGGACCAAUUCAUGGUGCUGGCUUGUGAUGGUAUUUGGAACUUUAUGUCUAGUCAAGAUGUAUGUGACUUCAUUAUACCCAGGUUAGCUGAAGGAAGGGAGAGACUGUCACAAAUAUGUGAAGAGAUGUUCGAUCAUUGUCUAGCUCCGAGCACGGUAGGGGAUGGAACAGGCUGUGAUAAUAUGACUGCUAUUAUUGUACGGUUCAAGGAUGGGGCCAUUGCUGAAGUUGGUCAGUUCUCAAACUCUGAGGCUCCAAAGAAGAGGGCCGCUGAUGAUGAGCCAAAUGUGGAACAACAAGAUUCUAAACGGCCAAAAAUUGAGGAUCCAUUGUCCAGUUCAUUAGUGACUUCAAGUGUUUAAACAAUUUUUUAUUAUUACUGAUAGGCUUAACUGUUUAAAGUACAGAGGACUGGUGACAUACUGUUAGGGGCUUAUAAAUGUUCCACUUUCCUUUAUUAAUAUGAUUGAUUUCUUUUAUUUCUUUGAUAAUCAUUUCCUGAAUUGAUUUCCGACACAUCAUUAUGUACUAUGAUAAGUCUUAACAAUAGUGAAAUCGAUGCUAUUGAUAUUUUGUACUAAUCAUUUCCAGUAAUUGAUAACAAAAUUUCAUUCCAUCAAGUUGUGUUUUGAAUAACUGAUGAUACUCCACUUUUGUAUUACCUAAAAUAUUUUUGUAUCUGUCACGAAGAUCAUUAUAUAUUGCAAUGGAAGUCAUUAUUCCGGUUAAGUAUAAACUUUCUUUUGACAUACAAUAAUUUUCUUUAUAUUUUGAAAUACAUAUUAUAACAUUUAACCUAUAAGUAACAUGAUGAUGAACGAUCAUCUUAAAUAAUAAGACAAAAAUUAUUUGACAUUCAUUAUUUAUUAUAGAACUGACUUCAUUUAAUGUUAGUGUAAGUAGAAGAUAAGCUCAUAGUGUCUAUUCAAUUACAUUUUGUGAUUGGAUGUUGUAGCAGCAUAACGUCAAAUAUAUUUGGUAUUGGAUUGGAAUUAUUACAUGUUUCUUUGUUGGUUUUAUCCAGGUCAUUCAAUGGCAUGGGUUGCUUACUUAGUUUUGAUUUUGUGAUUCAAAUUAUACAUGUUGUAUAUUAGCUUGAUGGUAAAUAAUUGAUAAAAUAUUAUAAUCUUUGUUUAAGUGUGACAGGAGUCUGUUUCAUAAUUAUGUGUACUAAACAUUCUAUGAGGUUUGCAAUUAUAAACAAGAUCCGACAUGUAAUUUUGACAAAUAAUUAGCAUUCAUAGUUAUUUUUAAGGCAGCAUCAAUAAUCAGUAUGUUCCUUAGUAAAAUUAAUAUAAAAUUCAUUUAUGUUUAAAAUAUUAUUGUUUCGUUAUUAUUACAAGCCCUUUUCAAGAUAUAUUGUCAAGUAAUCCUAGUGGCGUAAAUAUUUUUCUUUUUUUUUAAUGUGACAUUUUGUUACUUCAAUACUUUUGUGUGUUUAGUGAGAAUACAUUUUUACAGACUG